AUGUACGAAGCAACGGCUUCAGACACGCAUGAAAAACAGGCAAACUACUAUACAUUCUUAUUGGGUCUAGAAACUAAAAUUGUUGGCGCAGCACAAGAAGUACUGGCCAAGAACAAUUGUGAAACAAAUUUCAGAUUAAUGGAGAAGCUUUUGAUCGACGCAUUUGGAAACAAGAAACGGAUCGAACAUCUGCUAUACGAAAUAACGAUAGCUGAACAGAAAGGACGAACGACGAACGAAUUUUAUAACCACAUAAACGAUAGGCUGAACCAAAUAAUUGCAUCGACAAUUCUGAAAUAUGGAAGCACAAAUGCAGCUCCGCUUAUUGAGCAGUAUAAGACUCAGGCGAUAUCUGCAUUCCUAAGAGGGCUAAACGGAAUAACCGGGACAAUCAUAGCCGGUUACCAACCCCAGAGUAUGGAGGAGGCACUUCAUCAUGCAUUGACGAUAGACGCAAACGCAAUGAUGAAGAGCGACAUCUUCUCAUCUGCAGGAAGACACUUAUCUUCAUCUCUGCCAGGAAGAAACCAUCAAAGAUUCCAGAACCAGUCAACAUUCAAGAAUAAUUUUAACAACAAUUUACCACCAUCGCUUCCCCCACGGAACAAUCACAACCAACAGAGCAAAGACACUAACAACACCGGCAAUUUGGAAACCAACAACAGCAACAACAACAGCAACAACAACAGCAGCAUCAACAGCUGA